CGGCGAUAAAGGCUAGCGAGACGGCUUGUCUGCUUGUUCCCGGUUUCUCGGGGUUGUUUAUCCGGCUGGGGGUAGUUAGCGCGGCGGAGUGGCGCCCCGCGGCAGUGCCUCUGUAGCCCGCCCAGCGAUGGGACGCUCCACGCCCGCCCAACGGUUCCCUAUCGCACGCGUACGACCUCAACAACACAGGUGAACCGCGCGACCAUAAAAAGGACAAUCAUCUAAUGUGACUCGGACAAAAUGACUCCUUUUAUACAUUUAUAUUGUGUUAUAUGGAUAGAGUUAUUGACUGGCUGCUGUACCACCACAGGUCGGGAAUUACCCACCGGGCAAAAUGUAGUGUCUGUAGCACCUAUAGAAGUUCCCGAUGAAUCGAUGUACCCAAGGUUUGCUGAGCCCAUACCAAAUGUGACGGUGACUGUUGGCCGGGACGCACUACUUGCGUGCGUUGUGGAUAAUCUAAGAGGAUUCAAGGUAGCAUGGGUGCGUAUGGACACUCAGACAAUUCUGAGCAUCCACCACAACAUAAUAACCCAGAACGCGCGCAUCAGUCUGUCAUACAACGACCACCGCUCGUGGUACCUGCACAUCAAGAACGUGCAGGAGGUGGACCGCGGCUGGUACAUGUGCCAGGUCAACACCGACCCUAUGCGCUCCAGGAAGGGAUACCUGCAGGUGGUGGUGCCACCAUCAAUCAUCGAUAACAUGACGUCAACGGAUAUGGUGGUUCGGGAAGGCUCUGACGUCACCUUGGUGUGUCGGGCUUCAGGGUACCCUGAACCUUAUGUCAUGUGGAGGCGAGAGGACGGACAAGACUUUAAUUAUAAUGGAGAAUCAGUUAGCGUAGUGGAUGGAGAGACGUUGACAAUAACAAAGGUGUCUCGGUUACACAUGGGUGCUUACCUGUGCAUAGCAUCUAAUGGGGUGCCACCAUCGAUUAGUAAACGGAUCAUGCUCAUGGUUCAGUUUCCACCAAUGCUGUCAAUACCGAAUCAGCUGGAAGGUGCAUACAUUGGGCAGGACGUGACGUUAGAGUGCCAUACGGAAGCGUACCCCUCCUCUAUCAACUACUGGACCACUGACCGCGGAGACAUGAUUAUUUCCGAAAUGGAAAUUAUAGGAGGCAAGUACGAAGCAUUCCCGAUGGACAGUGGCUACAACAAGUUCAUGAUGCUGAAGAUCAAGAACAUCACCAAGGAAGACUUUGGGUUCUACAAAUGUAUCGCGAAGAACUCACUGGGAGAAACAGACGGGAUCAUCAAACUUGAUGAGAUACCGGCUCCGCCGUCGGCUUUUACGACGACACAGAAAACAGUGUUAGACAAUCAAACAAUUAGAAAGAAAGGUUUGCCGCAAAUCAUCCAAAGUAGUGACGCAAUUAGUUCCAACUUCCAAGGUGAAAUGUACGGCGAACAACUAAGUGAUUUCGAUGAUGACCUAGAAAACUCAGCGAGUUUCCACCAAGUAAAUUCAGUGUUAGGUUUCACUUUAAUUUGUCAAGUAAUAAUCAUAGCGAGGUAUAUUUUAUUUUCUUGAUAUUUGUAAUAUUGUGAUGGUAAAUGAAUUUAUUUUGUUGCUAGUUUUAAUUUUUGUUAAUGUUUUCUUAAGCUGACCAGACAAUAAAUUGUUCGCAUGUUAAAUUCUACAUACAUUAAGUUCGUUAUCAAAAUCAGGAUUAAGUUAGUUGUCAAAUCGCUAUUAUUGCAUUGUUAUUUUUCUUUGAUUAAUAGAACUAUCUUGUUUUAAGUACCAUGACUAAUUCCUAGUAACUUUUAAAGAUGAAAAUUAUAUCAAUAUGAUUAUUUCGAGAAGUACGUAAUGUCAAUUUAAAGGAUGUCAAUAUAAUUCGGUAAAGUGUCGACUAAAUAAUUAUUUUAGACACUAUCAUACUGUAUGAUUCUGUAUUCAUCUAGAUGUUUAAUAUUAUCAUUUUGCAUAACUGUAGAUAUUUUAUUUAGUCGCUACCUUACUGAAUCGAUUUACAUUCCAAUUAUUUUACCUAAAAAAAUCUUUCAAAUAAUAUAACUUUCCUAAGUUCGCUUAGUUCGUACGAAAAAUUUGUACACAAAUUUUCUACUACAUCGAUUUUAUAAAAAUGCGCCUAGAACUAGACUUUUUAGAGAUAAACCUAUAACUGUCCAAUUGAAAACUUGUAAGUAGGAGGUAUGUUAUUUCCGAUAAACGAUUUAGUCGACGUAUACACUAACGAAUUAUUAAUACGUAACCUACUGUGCUUUGGUAGUUAAUAACUGGUCGAUUUCUUUACCUUUCAUAACGUAAGGCUUUUGAUAUUAUUUUUACUGUAAAACUUGUAUAGAUUAUUUGCCAUAAUGUAAAAUACAACUAGAGACGAUAGGGACAUAGGGAGUUUUUGUGAUGAUUUACAUAAUGCUACAAAAUGAAAACUGCCAAAUAAAUGUGUAAAAUAUGGAAAUAAAAGGAAGC